AUGAAGCUGAAGCGCGCCGCCCGUGUGCUUCUUGUGGGAGCUCCAGGCGUCGGUAAGGGCACGCAGACGGAACGCCUGCUGCAGCGCUUUCCCCAGCUACAGGCCAUUAGCACCGGCGACCUGCUCCGGACUAAUGUCAAGAAGCGCACGCCGCUCGGCAUCCAGGUCGAGAGCAUCAUGAAGUCGGGCGGCCUGGUCGCCGACAGCCUCAUGCUCCGCCUCAUCUCCAACGAGCUCCAGCAAAGGGGCUGGCUCUUCGGCCGCCGCCCCAACGUCAUGACGCUGUCUUCAAUGGCCACGGCCGCCGACGCCUACAACAACGGCGACUCCUUGUAUCCCGAUCCGUUUGCGCACCAAGACGCCACCGCACCGCCGCCGCAAGCCUCCGAAGACCCGACCGCGUCCUUUAUCCUCGACGGCUACCCACGCAAUGCCGCGCAGGCGCUGAGCCUGGACCGCAUCGUGCCCCUCAACCUGGCCGUCUCUAUCAAGACGCCCUUUGACGUGAUUCUGGAGCGCAUCGCCGGCCGGUGGGUGCACGAGCCAUCGGGCCGCGUGUACAACACGACGUUCAACAGGCCACGGGAGGCGGGCGUCGAUGACAUCACGGGCGAACCGCUGGUGCAGCGCCCCGACGACAACGAAAAUGUAUACCGCGCGCGCUUCCAAAAAUUCCGCGAGAGCAGCGAGCCACUGCUGGAGCACUACGCCAAAAAGGGCGUCCUGAUCGAGGUGGAGGGCCUGAGCAGUGAUGAGAUUAGUCCCAAGCUCUAUGCCGAGUUUGAGAAGCGUUUCGUCGACUGA